CCUAAUAAUCACAAAAACACAACCUCGUGCUGCUUUUGGUGUCCUGUCUCGUGCCCCGUCCAGUAAACCGUCGAAGGGGUUACUUGCCAACUCGGCAACACGCACGCACGCAGACAUACCAAAAAAUAAUACCUCUCUAAUUCGACAUCAAGAUGACGUCCACGAUGAUAGCAACACACUUUGCUCCCCAACAACAGGCACAUUAUGGCUAUAUCGCCCCGCCUUCACCCCCAAUGGAUGACGCCAUCAAGUGCUCGCUGCCUUCAAUCUCAAACUUGCUCGGGCUAGCGGACCAGGGAUCUCCGACCUCAGAGACGUCGCCCCAGUCUCAACAAUUACAACAACAACAACAACAGCAGCAGCAACAAUCAUCAAAGCCAGAGACACGGCCAAGUUCGUCACACUAUGGCAAUUCGAUGAUGGGAAGGGGGAUACUGCCGCCGAGCCCGCCCAUGUCGUCGGAUGCUUCAUUUGAGGGGUACAACUCGCCGGCCACCAAGCCCAUGACGCAGCUCUCGAACCAGCAAAACUACUACUUCGAGACGACGCCGCCGCUGAGCCAGAUCGAGGCCGAUGCUCGACACAUAGCCGCCGCCGUUGCGCCGAGGGUCUCGGUCCACGCCUCGGCGUACCAGCCCCAGUUCGCCGCGCCCACCUACAUGACGCAGCCGGCCAUGGCAUCGUACUACCCUCCCAUGCAGCCCAACCCCCAGCAGCAGUCGCAGAUGUCGGGGCUGUACUACCAGAGGCCGCUCCCCCAGGUAUGCCACCCCAUGGGCUCCUUCCCCACGAGAAGUUUCUCAUCAGGGUCACAGGCUUUCCCCCCCAUGCCGGUGUCGGUGACCAUGGCCCCGUCGUCGGGCGCCCCCUGGCAGCAGCACCACCACUACAUCGCGCCCUCGUCCGCCUCGUCCUUCCCCCAGUCCCAGGACCGCUACAUCUGCCAGACCUGCAACAAGGCCUUCUCCCGCCCCAGCUCGCUGCGCAUCCAUAGCCACUCGCACACGGGCGAGAAGCCCUUCAAGUGCCCGCACGCCGGCUGCGGCAAGGCCUUUAGCGUCCGGAGCAACAUGAAGCGUCACGAGCGGGGUUGCCACACGUACGAGAGCGGCAGCAGCACCAGCAGCAGCGGCGGGCCAACGCUAAGUUCCUAAAUCGACAACACCACUUUUUUUUGGUCUUUGGUCUUUCUAAAUAUUUUUGCCUAUCGCCAGCAAAAAAGACAGCUACACCUACACCCCUGGAUUUUUUUAAACCAAAAUGUCUAAUUCACCACAACACUUA